UCAGGAGUACGAAACAUUCACUCUGCCAAGAACUUUAGUCAUUUUUUGAUGUGCAAGUGUAUGUAGGUGCAUUCUUAUGAUUUUAUUACUGUACUACUGUGCAUAUGUACUAAUGCAGCUUCCAUCCCCAAUGACAGGAACCAGCCUGGAGGAGCUGCUGAGAGACCUGGGACUGGAACACCACCUGAAGAAGAAGCUGACUCUUAGCCAGGUGCUGCAGAUUGAUGGAGAGACUUUAUCUGAUGAAAGCAUCCAGUCUCUCAAAUCUCUGCCAUGGUGUUUCCUGAGGAAGCUGAUGAUGGUGAAUGAGUCCUUUCGGAGAAUGAGCUGCUCCUCAGAACAGGACACAGAGCCCCAAAGCCUGGAUAGUUUACUGAACACCAUGAACAAUCCACAGGACCACAGCAACAGAGUCAACCCCCUGGACCUCAUAACUGCUGUAUUUCUGUGCUCAGAUGGCUUUCUCCAGCAGGAGAUGGCUUUGAAAAUGUCCAUGUGCCAGUUCUCUGUGCCUCUGCUGCUUCCUAAAUGUGAUACCCAGCAGUGUACUUUAAUGCUGUGGGCCAUGAGGGAUAUUGUGAAAACGUACAAGCCACACUCUUUGGAUGACCCAAGAGGGUUUGUAGAGGAGAGCAUUGUUCUGUCUGACCUCCCCAUGGUCUCUUUUGUGGGGCUGGGAAACAGCAGCAUGUCCAAGUCGCACAUUCUGAACCAAGUCCUCAGCAACCCUCAGCAGUACCAGGACACCUUUGUUCACAAAAACAUGGAGUGUGGUGACACCCCAAGGAGGAUUUCCAAUGGGCUGGUGGAAAUCAGCUGGUAUCUGCCCAGUGGGAACAAAAACACUGACAUCUUCUCUGAGCCUCUGGCUAUAGCUAACCUCCGUGGGGACCUCAGAGACUUUGAAAUUCAGUACGCUUUCCUCUGCCACACUUCGACUGCUAUAUUUGUGUUUUGCGAUGACUUUAAGUUUGAACAAAGAUUUCUGGAAUUUAAGACUCAUUGGAUUUUGAUCACCAAUUCACAGAGCCAGACCCUCAAGAAGGAUGACUUCAGGAAAUUUGUUUCUGAGACAAAACCCAGUGACAUCAUCAUAAAGCAUCCGGGAAGGAAUGAUGCAGAAUUCAACAAGAAACUGUGUUCGGCUAUCUGUGGAAUUUUGAAAGGAAACAUUGUUAAAAUGAGCAUUGAAAGGAUGUCUGAUGUUGCCGAUGAUUUAGGGAUCCAUGCUGAUGAAGAUUAUGUCUACUGUAUGAGCGGCAGGCAGAAAGCUGAUGACAUCACAGGAGGAAUAUCUGACAUACCGAGCUUCAAGGAGAAAGAGCUGCCCUUGCAAGGGACUGCAUGGAAACAGCUGGCAAAACUGGAGAAGGAACAGUGCAGGAUGAAAAAUGCUGGGGAGAAAAACAUAGAAGUUUACCAGAAUGAGCUUGAAGAUCAGAGGCAGAAGCUCAGAGAACAGCAGAGGGCUCACAGCAUCUCCGAUUCUAUGUCCCGUUUCAUCUCCGCGAUGUGCAGUUCCACAGAGGAGAGCAAGUAUUUCCUCAAGUGGAUGAGGAUCAAUCUGGAUAAUCUGUCACGCAAAAGCCUUCCACCUCUUCGGGCAAAGUACAAGGAACAGUGUCAGAGUUCCUCAGAAAACAAGGAGCUCAUUGCACAGUUGGACAGGGAGAUCUCCAGCUGCUCCUUGGGGACAGAGCACUUCCUGAGGGAAAUGGGUCAGCUGUACGAGUCGGCCUGCUCACUCCCCGAAGCCCUCACCCCAGAGAUUAAGCGCCUGCCACGUCUCUGUGCCAAGCUGCUACAGGAGGGCUUUCCUCUGGAGCUGGUGGAUGGAGACUCAAGCAAUAUUCCUCUGGAGUGGGUGACACAGGUUCUGAAAGAACUCCAUCAUCUCACACAGGAUAAAUGUAAGAUCCGGGUGAUCUCUGUACUGGGGGUACGGAGCACUGGGAAGUCCACCCUCCUGAACACCAUGUUUGGGGUCCAGUUUGCUGUCAGUAGUGGCAGGUGCACCAGAGGGGCCUUCAUGCUCCUCCUCAGAGUGAAAGAGUAUUUUAAAGUGCGGCUUGGGUGUGAUUACAUCAUGAUUAUUGACACUGAAGGUUUGAAGGCACCACAGUUGGCACAGCUGGAUGACAGUCAUGAGCAUGAUAAUGAACUGGCCACUCUGGUGGUGGGGCUGAGUGACAUCACAGUCAUCAACAUCGCCAUGGAGAAUUCCACGGAAAUGAACGAUAUCCUGCAGAUUGUGGUGCACGCCUUCCUGCGCAUGAAAGAAGUUGGGAGAAAACCCUGCUGUCAGUUUGUGCACCAGAAUGUGCCAGACAUCUCUGCCCAUGACAGUAACAUGAGAGACAGGAAGCUUCUGCUGGAGCAGCUGAAUAAGAUGACCCAAGCAGCAGCUAAGAUGGAAAAGAAGGGAAACAACAAAACAUUUACUGAUGUCAUGGAGUAUGAUCCAGAGAGAAACACCUGGUACAUCCCUGGGCUCUGGCAUGGCAACCCUCCCAUGGCCGCUGUCAAUGUUGGCUACAGUGAGUCUGUGAAUCGUUUCAAGAGGAGUGUGAUUGAGAAAUUUAUGGAACAAAAAUCUGGAGACAGCUCAGCACACACAAUCAUUGAGUUCCUUGAAUGGACCAAGAGCUUAUGGCAAGCAGUGAAGUAUGAGAACUUCAUCUUCAGCUUCCGCAACAGCCCUGUAGCUGAAGCUUAUGCUCAGCUUUGCACUGAGUUCAACCAAUGGGAUUGGGCCUUCAGGAAGAACAUGUACUCCUGGCUAAUGGAAGCUGAGACAAAAGUGUCAAACGUUGGCACAGAAGCAGAAUUUAAUAAUUUGGAUGAGUUACUGAUCCACCUGACAAAUGAGGCCUUUGUUGAACUGACAAAAGGGGAAACACUAAUUUUGGCCAACCUCACUGAAUUCUACAACAGGCAAGAGGGACAUAUUCACUUGGUAGUGAAGUACAAGGAGGACUUGAACAUCACAGCCAAAACCAUCAGGAGGGAGACAGAGAACUCUGUGAAAAACAAGCUUGAGGCAGCGGUGGAGAUCAGAAAGGGUAUGUUCAGGUUAGAGAGCAUCAAGAACAAUCAAACGGCCACAAUGGAGAAAAAGGUGCAGGGGCUGAUUGAGAAAUGCAGGAAAAGUAAAGAUCUGAAUGAUGAACAGCUGGUGGAUGAAUUUGAGAAGAUGUGGAAGGAGACCGUGGCAGAGCUGUGGUUCCCUGGCAUGGAAGAACGAGACAUUGUGCAAAACAUCUCCCACCAGCUGUGGGUUGACUUAGAGAUGAAAGGCAGCUCAUUCAAGCAACAGUACUACACAGACUUUAAGGACCUGUUCAACAAAAGACACCAGUGUCAGAAGAAAGCCAAUGCUUUCACUGUCAACUGUCUUCAACCUGCGGUGAAGGAAUACAUCACCAAAUCUCUGGGCCCCGACCUUGUGGAUGAAAUGUUGGCAGGGCAGAAAGCCAUUGCUUUCAGCACUCGAGCCUUCUUCCAGUUCUCAGUCCUUGAGCAGCUGCUUAAGAAUGAUAACUUUCAGGACUUUGUGAGAUACAUAGAAAAUUACGAGACCUUUGAACAGGACUGGAUAUUGAAGCUGAUGGUUAAGCAGUUCUCGGAGGGAGAUAGCCUCAGGAACAUUGAGAUGAACCGCCUGAAGGUGGUGGUUAGAAAAAUAAAGGAAGCCAUUAAGACCUCACAGAUGAAGGCAGCUGAACAGGCAGCAAGAAGGGGUGAGGAGACCCAGAACAUUCAGCAGUUCAUUCAGGAUAUCUGUAGUGACCUAGUGAAGGAGCUUAUCAUCCCUAAAGACCCCCUCAGAGCAGUCCUAGCCUUAAACACUGCCAAGCCAGAAGAUUUUUCCCGGUGUCUGCAGGUGUUCAUGGAUGAAAUGGAGCAGGCCUUUACCAGAGAGUUUCAGAAAGAUAAGAAACUUCAUCAUCCAUACAAGGACUACCGGAGCAUUUACCCUGACUGGCUCAUCCAGCCUGACACCAGCAUCCAGGCCUCAGACUACUGGAAGUACAUCUUCAGCAAGUUUAAUAAGCAGUUUGCAGAAGAAUAUGAAGCCAAGCCUGCUGAUAUUCCCCCCCAAUGGAGAUAUAUAACCCUGGAACAAGCCGCGGAAAGUCUGAAGAAAUCCUUCUUGAUGAAAACCGGAGAUUAA